CAGCUCCGGUGGCAUCCGCUGGCUGCCCUUUCCCAUUUUUUUCGUGUUCUUGGUUCGAUUAUGUACCUUUACCCACCAAAAUCUGGUCAGGAAUGGGCGGAGUCCACCACUGUGGACCGGUGUUGUUCGUGCCCUUCAAACCUCUGGCGCCUUCCCAGUUUUUACUUUUCCUCUCUCCACUCCACCAUCACCAAAGUUUAGAGUCUUCUCUCCUUUUCUUUCCUUCCCUUCCCUCCCACCCACAUAUCCUGAUAUUCUCGAUCUUUUCUCCUCACCCACCGGCGUGUUGCGAUUUCAAGAAGCAUCCUUUUGCGUGUUUUCUGCUGUCGUGUCCUGCACUUGACCUUUGUGUUCUGUGUUCGAAAACCACGCACUCUCCACCUUCUCCAGGCCGAAGUCGCCCAGUAAUCCACUCAACGCGAUCCUUGCCCCUCGAGUUAGCUCGUCUCGGCUCUUCGGAUCCCUUACCUAGACGAACCUCUCGCACCCGUAUUCGCCGAAUCCUUUACUGCUUUUGCGGGAGUUUGUACGGAUAUCUGCACGCUGUCUGUUCAAUCUGGAAACAGGAGUCCCUUGCCUGCGGAAACCAAUUGUUGCCUUGUUGUAUUCCGUUGCUCCCAAAAAUCUCGAACGCUUUUGCCGCGGCACCUGUCUUCACCUUUGACGAGUUUCCGCAGUCACUACCUUCGAGCCCGAUCAAUACUGGAUGAAUCCUUAGACAGCCCAUACUAAUACCCGAUCUGUUGUGUCCUUCUGGUCUCUACCACUGGGCACCUACCAACAUCCUCGUCUCGUGAUCUUCGAUUCCCUUUUCGGGAAGCCAUCUUUGCGUUCCAAGGCGUGCCGGCGUGGCUGUUUGUGAAAAGUCCUGCUUUCGGGGUCUGGAUACACGACUAGUCGACUCGAUUACGUUGCAUCGGCAAAGGAGGUUCCUUCGGUGUUUGCGAGUUCCGGUACUUUGCAGUUUGGAGAUUAGGAACUGAACUUGUCC